AUGGCCAGGGCCUCAUCAGCUGCAGCGUCGUCCGCGACCGGGCUCUCGGGGUCCAUCUGGGCCUCGGAGCGCUCCCACACGUAUACCCGUGCAUCGUCAUCGCGAGCGACGACGGACCCUCGAUCGCGCUCCGUGCCGCCGCAGUCGCUACUUGACCUACCGCCCCUUCCCACGCAAGCGCCAUCGUUGAUCGCCUCGGCAUCCGCACCGUCCGCCGCCGCGACGGCAUCGUCGUUGGCCCCCGCUCGGGCGCUGCACCGUCUGGAGCAGACCUGUCUCCGGUUACGAUGGAAGUCGAUCGACCUGGACAGCUCGUGGCAGCGCGUGGACCCGGAGGUGGCGCUGUCGCAAGGCUUCGACCCGGAUGUGGCAGAGCGCAACUUCAAGCUCGACUUUUACGAAUUCUACACCUGGAUAGAGCAGGCCAUCGUGCUCCUGCAGCGCAUCUUCGGCAUCGAGAUCAUGGCCGGCGGGGCCGGCGGGUCCGGCACCCGCGGCCGUAGCACGCAUGCGUACCACCACAAUGUCCUCACCGCCCUGGGCGACGCGGACAAUGCGCUCCACGGCGUCCUCGGAACCGGAGAGGUCUACCAGGCCCUCUGGAAGGCCAAGGAGCUGCGUAACAGGUGGAAGGACGAGGCUGGCGAGGUCACGGCCGAGACCCCGCCCAUUCGCAUGUACCACCUCCAGUGGAUCGUGGGCAGGAUCCUGGCUGGUCUGGGGGAGGCCUAUGACAUGGCUGCCGAGGUGGUGCGGCGGCAGGCGCCGCAGCCCGCGGGGCAGAUGGAUAUCGCGAGCAGCAUGGUCGGCGGGCAGAGGCAGGAAGAGCUGGAGGGGUGGGACUGGAUGGUUGAAGAGCCGAUGGACUGGGAGGCAUGA